AUGCGCACCACGGCCGUCCUGCGGAACGCUGCCCGGACUCCGCUCAUCAAGUUCUUGGGCAAGCGGACUGUCCCAGAAUCUGUCGACCACACGCCCCGAGUCCACCCAGCCUCGCCCUCUCCAACGCUGCCGGAGACAUUCGCAGCCUACCGCUCCAAGGCCCAGCAGCAUGGUCCCUUGAACAGCCCUGGUCGUCUUUCCUCCCUGUCUUACGGCGCCAUCGGUGCCUCUUCUGGUGCUUCUCUCGGCCCUGUCGAACCCAAGCCGGGCGAGUACUUCGACCGCGACGAGCUGCCUGCCCGAUUCCACCGCUUGCCAUGGACUGAGGCUGAGAUCGAGGCAAUCGAGACUGGCGGCGCCAGCCUCUUCAAUUAA